CAUUGAUAAUGAGUUAUAUUGUUAUUCACAGCCAUCUUCCCUUCGAUAGGCUAUAGAAUCAUAUGAAAAAUGGUGGGGGUGAUGAUUAAGAAUUGAGGAUGGUAAUUCGAGAAGUUUAAUUUAGUGUCAUGCAAAGGGGGAAAAUUGGAUAUCGCCAUUAUUCUACGCGUAAAAUAUAAUUUAAAGGCGAUGACUCCGAAAGCAUUAGUGAGAAAUUUUUGCAGAAUCAAUUACAGUUUUUUUUUGUUUUGACAGGCGCAUAUUGUAUUUACAAAAGUGGUAGCUGUCCGAAAUCUAUGAUUCCUGGUUGGAUAAGAUGGGAUGAUGCAGAUGAUAAAAACGGAAACAGCAAAGGAGGAUCCUUGCCAGAUGGAUCAUAUGGGAAGAAUACUAAUAUCAAGUACUGUUGUCAAACAGAGGGUCAAUGGUAUGAUGUAAUUGAGCUGCCAGUCAGUCAGCCAUUUUAUUUAUUAACAUCCAGCUCUAUUGAUGCUCCUAAAUGCCAGAUGGUCAAGUGGGCAUUUAGCUACUUGGAGUACAUUGUAUUUGAUACAGAGGAUAAUAACAACUAUGAUGGCCAAGGAGGAAAACAUGUUUUUAAGGAUGGAGAUAAGCUAUUUUACUGUUAUUAUGAAAGUACGUUAUUAUAUAUAGUUCAGCGGAACAAUAUAACCCCUGGAAGAGGAGAUUGUCUAUUUAGCGUGAAUUGUGGGUCGUGCGAUGUUGGUCAGUACUAUACUAUAAACUACAGAAGUUUUGCACGAAUCUUGUUAGCUAUAGAAGCACAUUCACAAAAAUGAGGAAAUACUGGCAGAUUCGCUGAACUUGUGAGUGGAGUGCUAUUGUAUCUUUGCCAACAUUAUUGUUUUCAGUUGCGAUUUUAUAUUCUUCAGUUAUAGUUGUAUAAGUGGUACAUAUUAACGAAAGUUAUUACUUAAGACCCAUUUCAAAGAUCUAGCUACACUUGUGCUACUUAAUGUUAAGGUGGCUAGAUAUGGUUUUUAAAAAAAAUGGAAAAACGAAUAGGUGUUUUUUGAGAAAAAAUACUUGUUGAAAGAUAAAACGCAUCUUACUGAUGUACAACAACAUCUAAAUUUGCAGUAGCUUUGCAGAAAUAAAUUUACGUGGUGUUUCCACAGACAGUAUAUGUUUAUUGUCAUGUAUUAUACGUUUUAUCGCCAUGCAAACCUAGUAUUUCCUCAAACAAAAAGUAUUAUAUGUUAGUAGAUAUGCCCCCCCCCCCCGCGUUUGGCGUAAUUUUCCCCACAUAUGACGUCAUUUUGCGUAUACGUUGCGCGUGCGGCAGAAAUUUUUUGGGGGAUCACUUUCUUUGGAAGCUUGGUGACCGCGCCUGUUGUGAUGCAAUAUAGGAAGCCUGUACAGCAGGAAGCAGAUUUCGGUCGAAUACUUUGACGCGACUUAUAUUUUCUAUAUUUAUUUACGUAACCGCUGCGGUUUUGACGCAUUCUUCAUCGCGUCUUUCCGAAAGCUUUGUACCCAUAAAUAAAAUGUAAUAAAAAGAGAACACGUUACAAUCUUUUUAUAAAAUAGAUCAAAAUAUACCAUAAAUAUCGAGAUAUUGAAUUUUGUUUUGAAGUAUGCUAGUAUAAAGGUCAUAAGUUCGUGCGUAUUCGAACUAUAGACAUAUUAUUUGCAGUCCAUUUAACUGAUGGGCUAGUAUUCCAAAGGUCGUAGGUUCGAUUCCCACCGUGGCCGGACGUUUUUUUCAAGCUCGCCCGAUGUGGAUAUACACUCAGAGUAACAUCACAAACAUCAUAUUCGCCUGAGUAUACAACACAAACACAGAAAAAAUCAUAUUACUAGAUUACACUGGUAUCGAAGGAACUAGAUUCUGUUCCGAAAUAUCACUUACUCGAACCGUCCUGACCGCGUAGCUCAGUUGUAGAGCAUUGGGCUAGCAUUCCAAAGGUCAUAGGUUCGAUUCCCACCGUGGCCGGGCGUAUUUUUCAAGCUCGCCCGGUGUGGAUAUACACUCAGAGUAACAUCACAAACAUCAUAUUCACCUGAGUACACAACACCAACACAGAAAAAAUGAUAUAGAAACGUUCACAUUCAAAUUAUUCAAUUAGGUAAAAUUAACUAUGAAUUUAUUUUAAAAGAUUUCUUGUUUGUAUUAUAUUGUGCACUACUGAUACUGUGUGAGUGUAUGUCACAGAGCCGACAAAUAUGCAAACCACACACUCUAAUGCUUAUAUAUAGGCGCACUGAUGUCUUUAUCAUGAUUAUCAAAAUUCAAAGAUCAAAAUUUGCCUGCGCGCAAUGCAAAAUGUAAACAAGACACGUUUAUAGACUUUGCAUUAUAGACUGUGUAAGCUGAGGGCGAGGCAGAAAUUCACUUGUAGUAACUUCUAAUAUAUAUUUUACAUUCGUACUUCAGCAUUCAGUUUACUUCAGGCUAUUAUUGCCACACACGUUAGUAUUUAUUUCCGGAAAAUUUAAAUAUUUCCCGCAAAAGGUUAGUGAUAUUAAUUAACGGUAUAAUAGACUUUAUAUGAGUACCUGAAUAAUCCCAAGUUUACAUCAAGUGUCCCAACGAAUCCAAGUAUGUACCCUGAAUAAAAGUCGCGGUUACCAAGCCUCCCACGGAAAGUGAUCUAUACAGAGAUUUUUUUAACAAAUUUUUUUAUUAAACUUUGAGAAUACAACUUUAUAUAAUAAUAAUAAACGUAAAUAGAUUAACUUUAUAAUUAUUUUAUUUAAUAGUGUCUUUUUAUUGAGAAUGUUCAGCGAUCCAAAAAGACCAAACAGGCCAAAUUCCAAAAAGGCCAAACAGGCCAAAUUCCAAACAGGGCAUAAAGGCCAAAAAGGCCAAGAGGGUUGUUUUGGCCUCUCGCGCCCAUGAUAUAAAGCAGAAAUCAUGUCAGGUACAAUUUUGUGCGAUGAGCGUAUGAGCACAUGCUGAUAACUGCUCAUGAGCACAUGCUCAUCUGCUCAUAAGGCCCGUUUAGGCUCGAAGAUUGGGUGUACAUUCUGCACAAAUGUAUACAUUUUCGCGUGUUUUUGUCAUUUUGAUUUGUACCUGGAUGGGCCAUGUAAAAAUGACGAAAAAAACCCAGGAAAAGCAAUUUGUUGAAUGACUCGAAGUUUACAUGCUGUGUCUUAAUACUGGUAAGUCUUUACAUGCUAAUACUGUUCAAAUCAUCAUCAUCAUUCUCUUCAUCAAAAUUGUAACCCUUUAAAAACCUUCUUAUAAGAAACUCUCUCUUAUCAACAGUUACUUCUAACGCUUCUUCUGGAUCAAAAUCAUCGUUUUCCACAAACUCGUCUUUUGUGUGCAUUGUUUUGUUAUGUACUGGAUCUUUCUUUAGUUGUUUCAUCCAUGAGAGACGCUCCAUAUAAAUGUUUUUCAGUUCCUUCUGGAGUUUAGGCAGAACAUUAGAGUAAGCUUUGUCCUUAGCGGAUUGUUUAUCUAGACCACUGUUGAUAAGGCUUUAUUUCAUUUCCUCAAAAAGCUAUAUUACUUCUUUGCUUUGCUUCUUUUAUCAACGGUAUCCAGGGAUCCAUUUUUUCUUCAGUUUCUGACUCAUUAUCAGUCGAAAUUUCAGACCCAUGAAUUGAAGUUGUCGAAACAUCGUCUUGGAAAUCCCUUUUCUGGCUAUCCGAGUCUGUUUGAGACAUGUUUCUUUCUUGUUCACGUGGUAGACAGGAGUUCGUGUCUUCUUAGAUUGUAACCACGGUUAAUUUGCUUUCCGCAUAAUCAGCAGCUCAUUCCGCUAGUACAAACUGUGCAGAAAUGCCUCGUUAUUGAGCAACACUGCACUUUUAUGCCUGCUCAUGAGUUGCUCUGAGCAGGUGCUCAUAAGUCCCGUUACGUACUAGUAGCAUGGUGUUUACAAUAGAGAACUCCUACAGAACCCCUACAGAAUCCCUUCACAACCCCUACAGAAUCCCUACAUCAAUCCUACAUCGAUCCUACAUUGACCUCACAUCGAUCCUACAUCGACUUCACACAUUGACCUCAUAUCGAACCUACAUCGACUUCACACAUCAACCCUACAUCGACUUCUUAUAAGAAGGCAUUUGUGUAGUAACCAUUUUUUGCAGUAGCUUCCACAAACGAAGAAUGUACACCCAGUCUUCGGGCUUGAACGGGCCUUAUGAGCAGAUGAGCAUGUGCUCAUGGGCAGUUAUGAGCAGAUGAGCAUGUGCUCAUGAGCAGUUAUCAGCAUAUGCUCGAACGCUCAACCCACAAAAUUGUACCCGACAUGAUUUUUGCUUUAUAUCAUGGGCGCGAGAGGCCAAAAUGAUCCGCUUGGCCUUUUGGGCCUUUAUUGCAUUUUUGUCCUGUUUGACCUUUUUGAAUUGGUGAACAUUUUCUAUAUAAUAAACACCACUAUUAAAUGAAAGAACUAUAAAGUUAAUCUGUUUACGUUAUAAAGUUCAAUAAAAAUUUCUGUUCAAAAAAUCUCUGUAUGCAUCUUUUUAACUCUGCACGCACGCACGCACGCGCACGUACGCAAAAUGACGUCAUAUACCAAGACGCAUAGAGAUUAUAAAUAACACUAGAGAGGACAUCGUAAUGUUUAUUCAGGCAAAAAAAAGGGAACGCGUCUUUUACCUUAACAUUCAUGAAUCAUGUUAUUCUCAGCUGUAAAUAUAAAAGAAACAUGUUCACCUUCAAAGUUUCUGUCAUCAAAGUCAACAAUGAUUUUUAUCAAAAACUUUAAUCACAGAAUCUUUGAUAGUGUAAGCGAGCCUUUAAAGUUCAGAAAAUAUUUCUAUUUUCGGCAAAUUGUCUGUUCGGCAACAUGUCUUUUCGGCGAAAAGUCCGUUCGUCAAGAUAUCCGUCCGCAAAAUGUCCGGCCACCGCAUAUCUACUUAUGUUUUAUCGCCAUACAAACCUACCAAGAACUUAUAACGUCUAAAGAGUUUGAAUUUUUUCGCAAAAGUUACAUGACUGCCGUUGCUAUGGCAACAAUGACCUUUCAAAAUGGCGGAUAUUUUGGCUUUAAAGUAAUUUAACUCGUAAACGACAUCGGUGACCCCUGUUUUAUUUCAUAAAAUUAUUUCUUUUAGUAUACUCAAUUAUUUUUAGAAUUUAAAAAAAAUUCUGUUGAGCCAAAAAAUUUUUCAAAUUACGUAAAUGUGAUUAUUCAUAACAAUUUUUUUGGAUCAACAGAAUUGAUUUAAAAUUGUCAAAAUAAUUGUGUAUAUUCUAAAACAGAUAAUGUUAUGGAAUAAAAUUUGGUACCCACGACGCACUACCCACGACUCACCCACCCACGCAAUUUAGCAAUCCUCCUGGAAAAGUCAUCACUGACGAAGCUGUAAGAAAAAAUUGAUUUGUUGAUUACAACAAUGAACCACUUGUAUUUUGUCAAUCGAGUUGCUUAGUUUUGGGGAAAAUGGUUAAGAUUCUUUAAUUCUAAUUUAGGUUGUAGCCUUACAAUGACUGGUCCUAGCGAAACACUUACAUCGCAUAAGGCUGCAGUUAGUGAAAUGGAUCCACGCUCACAAUAUUGCUCCUGGUUAAUUACGAUCGCUGAAUCGUACAUCGUUUCUUUGAUGUUUGAAGAGCUGAAUAUACCAAAUUGUAAUGAUACAUUUCUAAGAAUAUAUGAUGGUUCAAAUGAUACAGCUCCGUUACUGGGUACAUAUUGUGGUUCAAAUGCAAGUGCAGAAUUAGUCGAUAUUUCAUCUUCUACAAAUAGUUUAUUCAUCGUUUCAAAUUCUGGAAGUUAUGAAAGAAAUCCUAAAAGCACUUUUAGUUUUAAAGCCCAAUACAAUGCUGAACAUUUGACAGGUUGGUAUAAUAAGUAGCUGCAUGUAGAUUGAUGUGGGUUGAUCAGAUUCAGGGGCGGAUCUAGAGGUAGUCAAACCGAUCACGUGACCAGGGUAAAAAUUGCGCAGUUAAUUAUUCUAAAGCCUGUUUUCCACUAGGCGGAAUUUUGCGCGCGCAGCGGAAUUUUUCUUCGUCUUGUGAUUUCUCGGGUGGAACUAAUUAGAAAAGACAAAGAAAAAUUCCGCUCCUCGCGCAAAUUCCGCCUAAUGGAAACCGGCUUAAUUCAAAUUGUGAUCCGGUUAUUAAGUUUAUACAGCUUGAUUACUUCCAACCUAUAUAGACCUAUAGCUAUGGCCUUUUAUUUCUAGAUCUGGUUAAGCGCUUUUCCACAUGGCAAAACUGAAACCUAGGCAAUUUCGGGACGAGGCGAAGGAAGGCUAGUCGACGAAAGCGAGAAAUAGAAGUCCUAGUAGAUUUCCCAAAGAAAAUGUUCAAAACUGCCCCAAACUUGCCCCGUUUCGUAUUAUUCUGACACUGCCUAGUGUCUCAAGCGGGAUUUGUCUACCCAUAUAGCUAUCGAGCCAACGAGGAUUGAUAUAGCUGCAAAAUCUUAGGAUAGCGAUAUCACACCAACUAUACAGUAUGUAAAAUUAAAAUUGUCUAUAUAACUAUAUACGAUAUAUAAAAAGUUAACUAUAUACAAAUAAAAUAGACAUUAAUCUAACUUUGCUUAUUAACCAAGUAAUUAAAUAGUUCAGAAUUAAAAUGAACAAUGGAAUUAGACUCAACAAUCUCUGCAGCCUGCAUAAGCUACUCCAAUGUCUUAUUGUUCUAGGAAAAAAAAGAGUAAAAAUAUACGUGUUCUUGGUGACCUUGUCCUGUAUGAGAAACCUGCGUUCGCAAAUGGAAUUUUCCCGCCAUUUUUACAAUAACUUCCAACAAAAUUAUACACUAUAAGAUAGCUCACUUCAGUUCAUGUGCAGAAAUAGAUUUGUUCAGUAAUAAACAAUUCCAAUGAAUUAAAUUCCGUACAGCUGUACGCGGGUGUUGAUUUUUACAAUAACACAAUAUGAUAAAAUUGUACAAUAAUACCAAAACUAAAGACUAUAUAUGAAAAACUCAUUUGCCAAAUUCGAAAUUCAGGGCAGCCUAAAGUAGUUGUUAAACCAAAACAGUAAAUUCUCUUGCAAAAUAAAUAAAAAAUGUUAUUUUGAGUUCUGGGGAAGGGCCAAUUCCUCCAAGAAACUCAUCCGAGUGAGAUCCACCUGUCCUGGGUGCAUGGUGCAUAUAUAAUUAUAACCUGGCCCUAGGUGGGAUUCCAGUCAAGUGGGACAUAAUAUUCCAUAGGCUUCAACCCACCUGACCUGGAUGAACAUUUUUUGCCGAUGUUGACACUAUUGAUUUAAUUAAAGUCGUAAUUUUGUCCAACCAGUGGGAUAUUAGAUGAGAUAAAAACAGUCAUACAUGGACGCAGAAAUAAUUCAUCCUAUACUUGAUGUGAGCUUCCCGGCCAAUAAAACUUAACGGUAUGAUGAAUUAACUUCGGCAUCUUUGGAGGGAUAAAAGUGUUUCGGAAACCAUGUUUGUCAAAGACAUAUGGCACAUUUACACCUGAUCAUGCAGCCAGUAUACGUUUAACUAUAGCUUUAUGCUGAUUGACUUAGCGGAUUAUGUACUAUCUAAAACGCGAGCAGGAGUACUUUAUCACAUAUAAACACUCGCAGUGUUUUAUAUGGCUUAAAUUAAUAACGACCCAUUUGAUGAGUUCAUUGGGGAAGUAAUUUUAAAAAUAAAACUUUUCUAAGCCGAGAAAAUCAAAGCUAAAGUUGAUGUAAAUGAACGUGAUUUUUUAUAUUAUCACAAACAUAACCACCGACACGGCAGUUAUUUCCUUUGUAUUUUCCUCAUGAAUUAUUAAUACGUUUUUAAAUAUAUUUAGGGUGUCGUCAUGAAGUGAAGGGAAGUACUGGUUAUCUCAAGUCACCGAAGUUUGACACGCCCAGGAACUAUCCGAAUCCCCACCAUUCUAAUUGUUCUUGGUUGGUUACCGUGGAUGACGCGUACUUGGUUACGUUGAACUUUUCUUCCCUGAAACUUCUUGAUAAUGACGUCAUCAAUAUUUACGACGGUGGUAAUGAGAAUGCGCCUGUACUUGCUCGCUAUUCGCGCUUGAAUGUUACAGGGAAUAUUGUAUCAUCCUUGAAUAGUGUCUUUAUUAUACUAAAGUAUGGUGAAUCAUCAAAUUAUCAAUCUAUGUUCGCUUUUCACUAUGCAAGCCAAACGAAACCAACUGGUAUGUUGCUAGUAGAUUUUUUAUCCAUGUCACGUAAUUUCUACGACCUCAGAAUUUCUUCUUACAGAAAUUUAUACUUCUUGUUAUUCAUAAUAACAACCACAAUCAUUAUUUUAAAACUUGGACUGUGUUCUACCUGGUAUGCAAUAUUAGUGCUCGCCUUCGCUCAUAUCAAGAUCUUCAAAGCAAACUUUCCAGCCGCUUGUUUGUAAACACGAAAAUAUUUUUUCCAAAACUGUGGGUGUGUGGAUCCUCUAAACUUAUUUUCUAAAGUUGUAAAAUAAAGGGACGUGCAGAAAUACUCGAACCACAACAGUUGACGCUAAUUACCGAGCUUGGAACCACCGGACCCUCCUUAUCAAUUACGAUAAGAAGUACAGUAUAUGCAUUGGGGUCUUUCGCAAUUCAAACUAUAAAUGCCAAAUGGGCUUGGUAAAAGUAAUAAACGCCUUCCUAUAUAUUAUAAUUAUGCAAAUAUAAACCAGUGAAGCUUUGAAAACAAAACUCAUGAAAAAAUAUGAAAGUAAUCAUAAUAUAUCGAAAAAUAUCCGUUGUUUAUGUAGAAAAAAUCAAGAUACUGCAAACAACAUCAACUUCUGUAAUUUCUACAGUGAGCACACAAGGACCAAAUAGUGGAUCAGCUAAACAAAGUGAAAACAACCAGACUACGUAUAUCAUUGUGGCUGUCGUUGUGGGCGUGGCUGUCGUGCUUAUAUUGAUUGCUAUCCUUAUUUUUCUUAGAAGGUACGGAACAGUAAACUAAACAAGUGUUACUUUAAAAUAGGAUCAUAAAUUUCUCCUCUGCAUGCCCCCCUGGUUCUGAAUAUUGAAAAUAGAAACCAUAAAUCUUCGACCUCAAGCAGCGAUAAGCGUGCACAAUGGAUAUACAUGACAUUACGGGUUUUUUCUUUUUUUGGUUAUCAUGCUCUAAGAAGACGAUGUUUUGUAGUUUUGUAUUAAUUUAAAUUAGCAAUAUACACUGGAUACAUACUUUGCAGCUUGGUUGUACAUCAGCUAAGUCCGCAGUAUAAUCAAGAUUCUUUUUAAUCCGAAACUAUACUAUCACCGAAACUACAAGACAUUGCGUCAGGUCAUUAUAUGAAUUUUUUCUGAAUUCAGUAAUGUGCAAACAUCUUUGUUUUAAUGUGCAAAUAUAUAUCUGCAUAUUUCAGGAGAAGGAAGAAAGGUGACACAUCAAGUUCGUUACAUGGUAUAAAUCCUUCCUACAGCUGGAGGUACGCAGAACGUCCCAAUUGUUAUAGUUAAAUGCGAUAAAGUAUUGUUAAUUAAUAACAUUCCAGUUUAGCAAACAUAAUCAAAAGUUUUAUUUAUAAGUAAUAGCAUGGCAUUCAGGGCGAUUAGUGAUUAUAUGUACCGGAAAGUCUAGAGAGGUUUAGUAAAAAUCACGAGACGCGCAGCGCCGAGGGAUUUUUACUAAAUCUCUCGAGGCUUAAGGGAUAUUUCAUCGCUAACCAACCAUAAUGCCAUGCUAUCACUUUGCAAUAUCAUAGCUACCGAGACAAUAAAACGGUUUCAUUCGAUUGAAUAAGUUGAAAUGAAAAGGCGUGUUUGCUUUUUUAUACUGAUGACUAUUGGGAUGUUCGUUAAUGAGGUUAUACGGUUGAUUUUUCAAAUAUUUCAUUCAACAUCAAUAUAGGUUAUGCAUAAAGAUGAGGGACGAUUAGUAACUAAUCGUCCCUCAUGUUUUAGCAAUGAGGUAAAUUAUAGUCAUUAAUCGUCCCUCCCGAAACGAAGGAUUUCGAGGUAGGUAUGAUGGUAUAUAAUAACAGAAAGAUAGGGGCAAGGAGGAAUGAACAGUGGCAGUUAAUGAGGAACAAUUUAUUGAAAGCAAAUACAAUUUGCCAUCUACACUAUCAACAUUAUUUCAUCAUCAUCAUACCGAUAUUCAUGUUAUGACCAUCAACAACAUCGUCGUCAUUGUUAUCACCACCCUCCCUAUGCCGCUUCGUGUUUAGCAUGCAUGCACUCUUUAAUUUUAAUACUUCUUGCAUUGUUUUCUGUUGAAGGAAAAAAGCUAGUGCGAGUGACGAGGAUUCUGUAUAGUAAGUAUCUUUCUAUCCAUCUAGCUGCAGGUCGCCUUUCAGAAACUUCUACCUCAAAGCUAUAGGCUUUCACAUUCUUUUCUUUCGCAAAAGUUUGAAAAAAUGUUAAUAGUAUAUGAUCGCCGAAACAUCUGGGCCGGUUGUACGAAAGCCGGAUAGGGUAGUGAUUUUUUCAAGCUUUCUCAAAUUAUCCCUUGAUUCGAUAAUAAUUAUAACCUAGAUUAAACUUUAGCAUGUAUAAAUUGAAGUCUUUUUUUUGGAGUUGUAAAGCCCAUAUCCGUACUUUAACAGCUUUUCAAGCAUUUUAACGGUGGGAAAAUCACCAUCCGGCGGAUGGCGCUAUCCGGCCUUCGUACAACCGGUCACUGUAUUGUGUAAACCAACAUCAGUGAUCCAUAACGUUACCGGUCUGCAUGUAUGGUUGUACCCAUUUUGGAAAUAUAUAUACCAGACAUGCUUCCUCAAACAUGUGUAUAAUAUUUUUCUUAGUUAUGCUAAUCCAUCAUCACCACAAGAAAAAGUAUGGGUUGGAAACUCCAGGGUUUGUAAAGAAGGUAGAAAUCCUAUUUACGAGCCGAUGGAGGGGCCAGAACCUCCUGCUUUGUACGCUUCACCGGAUAAUACUUAUGAACCACUGGUCGAAAAUCAAGGUCAUGCUGCGCAAAGUGAAAAUCCGUUGUACGGCGUGGGGGAAGUUGCAAUUCCACAUGUCUAUGCAGAGCCAAGUUCUCAAAAACAAAACAUACUUUACGACGAGCCUGAUGUCAAAGUCUAAAAGGAAACGAUGGCCAGCUGAUUAUAAUUUAGCGGAACCAUUUGAAAGUUAGUAAUGAAUCAAGCUCUCAACAAAAGAACAUAUAGUUUAGGACGAGCUUUACAAUUGAAUGGGUUUUAUGUGGGAGAAUUCGUAGUUUAGAAACUGUAUUACAACUAUGCAUGGUCGCUGCUUGAAUGUUAGUAUGAAAUGAAAAUGCCAAUCAUUUGACAGCUAAAAGAAGCGUUUUAGAACAGAGUGUAGCUACUGCAGUCAAGUUCUGUUACAAAAACAUUUUUGCUUGAAAAAUAUCAUUUACACGCAUUGAUGCGGAUUUUUAUAGGGAGUGUCACUCACACAUGCGCACAUUUAUAUUCAUAUAGCACUCAAGGGUCGCGUUAUUUACAUAAAUACAGGCUUCCUAAAAGUCCGUUCCGCGAUUAAACCGCGCUCGAAGUAAAAAUCCGCAUAAUUUGAAAAGAACUUUGCCACCGUAAUAUAGUGCUUUUCGAAUGAUGUUCUUUCUGCAGACUAAAGCGAAAUCAAUCGGAGCUUUUUUGUUUUGCUUCGAAGUUCGAACGAUUAAAAUAAAAAUAGUAAUACAGAUUUUUAGAAGCAAGUAUCAACCUGAGAUUUGAUUAGUAUGCAUGUAUAUAGUCAUGAUUUGUGAUAUUUAAUUAAGUGUAAUAUUUAAUUAGUUAUAGAGGAAGAUUAUUUAUGGUUUUCUUUCUGCAUUCAUCACAAUAAUUAAACAAUUAAUAUUAGGAAAUGGAUAUUUAAUUAAACAAGCAGUGGUGGGAAUCUUGGUGGGGCGGGGGGAGGGAGCGGAAGCCCACCUCCCCUUUUCUAGUACAUAUGGGGGGUAUGUCGGAAAUUUGAAAGUUUUGUCGGAAAUUUAGGAGACUUUGCCCCCCACCCGAAAAAGUGAAUUUGCGCCACUGUAAACAAGUAAUAUUAGGAAGUGGAUAUUUGUCUGUGACCGGAAACUACUGUAAUGUGCUAACGCUCUUUGUCAGGCACAACUAGUUUUGUUCGUUCUGUCAGCAUGCUAAAAUGACAUCAAGUUAAUUUCAUGAUAUUUCAAGCAAUUCGUCAGUAGUCCAGUGGUUUGUGCACUGGCCUUGUUUGCACUAGGUCCGUGGGCCGUCCUGCGAACAGGUGGCCUGAUCAGUAAGUGUUAGGGUAAAGGUUAGGGAAGUGAUUUGGUGCGGGCAAGGUUCCGGUUAUAUUGUGCGAAACAACCGCUGGUCAUACCAAUCAAAUUAAUUCACGUUCAAAUAGCCAAAGCUCGUUGGUUUCCGUAACCGGACUAAUAACAAUUUCGUUAAUAUUAACCUCCAGAUUUGUAAUUAAUUUGGUUCUUAUUUAAUUAAAAUUUGAAGUACAACGAAA